CACUCAACGUAUGCUCGACUAGAUUCGUUGGAAUCGCUCCUCAACGAACUUCCCUAUAUGUUUUAUCUGGGCCUGUUUUUUGUGAACGUUUUGAUCCUAUACUAUGCCUUUCUAAUGGAAUACAUCGUCCUUAAUGUGGGUAUAGUGUUUCUACCGGAAGAUAUGGACCAGGCGCUGGUGGACCUAGGGGUACUAUCUGACCCGGCCUCUGUCCCUUACGACACGGACACAGAACUCGAUGUGUUCGAGAGGUACCUGGAGUGAGCUGGGGUCCCAAGGCUAGCGAGGCAGAGAGAAGCGCUGCUGCAUCGGCCUGCUCCCCGCGGUGAACUGGACUCCUACCGGCCCGUGAUGAUGAUGAUGAUGAUGUUGGGAGAGACUGAUACUGGGAACUCCAGGAGGAGAUUUACGUUGGCUUGGAGCAACAUUGGCUGCGGGAUGAAAAAGUUGUCAAGACUCAAGACAUCUGGAGAGAGUCAGAACCAACAGACAGACGGGACAAUUCACAGCAGAGUUACAGCUGCCUGUCAAAACGGUCUAACUGUGGCCAAUCAACAAGCAGGACUGUCUAACUGACCAAUCAACAAGCAGAACUGACUGUCCAAUCAACAAGCAGGACUGUCUAAUUGUGUCCAGUCAACAAGCAGAACUGACUGUCCAAUCAACAAGCAGGACUGUCUAACUGUGGCCAAUCAACAAGCAGGACUGUCUAACUGUGUCCAAUCAACAAGCAGGACUGUCUAACUGUGGCCAAUCAACAAGCAGGACUGUCUAACUGUGGCCAAUCAACAAGCAGGACUGUCUAACUGGUGAUCAACAAGCAGGACUGUCUAACUGUGGCCAAUCAACAAGCAGGACUGUCUAACUGUGGCCAAUCAACAAGCAGGACUGUCUAACUGUGGCCAAUCAACAAGCAGGACUGUCUGUGUCCAAUCAACAAGCAGGACUGUCUAACUGUGGCCAAUCAACAAGCAGGACUGUCUAACUGUGUCCAAUCAACAAGCAGGACUGUCUAACUGGUGAUCAACAAGCAGGACUGUCUAACUGGCUAAUCAACAAGCAGGACUGUCUAACUGGCCAAUCAACAAGCAGGACUGUCUAACUGGCCAAUCAACAAGCAGGACUGUCUAACUGGCCAAUCAACAAGCAGGACUGUCUAACUGGCCAAUCAACAAGCAGGACUGUCUAACUGGCCAAUCAACAAGCAGGACUGUCUAACUGGCCAAUCAACAAGCAGGACUGUCUAACUGGCUAAUCAACAAGCAGAACUGUCUAACUGGCCAAUCAACAAGCAGGACUGUCUAACUGGCCAAUCAACAAGCAGGACUGUCUAACUGGCUAAUCAACAAGCAGGACUGUCUAACUGACCAAUCAACAAGCAGACCUGUCUAACUGGCCAAUCAACAAGCAGGACUGUCUAACUGGCCAAUCAACAAGCAGGACUGUCUAACUGGCCAAUCAACAAGCAGAACUGUCUAACUGGUGAUCAACAAGCAGGACUGUCUAACUGGCCAAUCAACAAGCAGACCUGUCUAACUGGCUAAUCAACAAGCAGACCUGUCUAACUGGCCAAUCAACAAGCAGACCUGUCUAACUGGCCAAUCAACAAGCAGGACUGUCUAACUGGCCAAUCAACAAGCAGGACUGUCUAACUGGCCAAUCAACAAGCAGGACUGUCUAACUGGCCAAUCAACAAGCAGGACUGUCUAACUGGCUAAUCAACAAGCAGGACUGUCUAACUGGCCAAUCAACAAGCAGGACUGUCUAAUUGGCUAAUCAACAAGCAGGACUGUCUAAUUGGCCAAUCAACAAGCAGACCUGUCUAACUGGCUAAUCAACAAGCAGGACUGUCUAACUGGUGAUCAACAAGCAGGACUGUCUAACUGGCCAAUCAACAAGCAGGACUGUCUAACUGGCCAAUCAACAAGCAGGACUGUCUAACUGGCCAAUCAACAAGCAGGACUGUCUAACUGGCUAAUCAACAAGCAGGACUGUCUAACUGGCCAAUCAACAAGCAGGACUGUCUAACUGGCUAAUCAACAAGCAGGACUGUCUAACUGGCCAAUCAACAAGCAGACCUGUCUAACUGGCUAAUCAACAAGCAGGACUGUCUAACUGGCCAAUCAACAAGCAGGACUGUCUAACUGGCCAAUCAACAAGCAGGACUGUCUAACUGGCCAAUCAACAAGCAGGACUGUCUAACUGGCCAAUCAACAAGCAGGACUGUCUAACUGGCCAAUCAACAAGCAGGACUGUCUAACUGGCCAAUCAACAAGCAGAACUGUCUAACUGGCCAAUCAACAAGCAGGACUGUCUAACUGGCUAAUCAACAAGCAGGACUGUCUAACUGGCCAAUCAACAAGCAGGACUGUCUAACUGGCUAAUCAACAAGCAGGACUGUCUAACUGGCUAAUCAACAAGCAGGACUGUCUAACUGGCUAAUCAACAAGCAGGACUGUCUAACUGGCCAAUCAACAAGCAGACCUGUCUAACUGGCUAAUCAACAAGCAGGACUGUCUAACUGGCCAAUCAACAAGCAGGACUGUCUAACUGGCCAAUCAACAAGCAGGACUGUCUAACUGGCCAAUCAACAAGCAGGACUGUCUAACUGGCCAAUCAACAAGCAGGACUGUCUAACUGGCUAAUCAACAAGCAGACCUGUCUAACUGGCUAAUCAACAAGCAGGACUGUCUAACUGGCUAAUCAACAAGCAGGACUGUCUAACUGGCCAAUCAACAAGCAGGACUGUCUAACUGACCAAUCAACAAGCAGGACUGUCUAACUGGCUAAUCAACAAGCAGGACUGUCUAACUGGUGAUCAACAAGCAGAACUGUCUAACUGGCCAAUCAACAAGCAGGACUGUCUAACUGGCCAAUCAACAAGCAGGACUGUCUAACUGACCAAUCAACAAGCAGGACUGUCUAACUGGCCAAUCAACAAGCAGGACUGUCUAACUGGCUAAUCAACAAGCAGAACUGUCUAACUGGCCAAUCAACAAGCAGGACUGUCUAACUGGCCAAUCAACAAGCAGGACUGUCUAACUGGUGAUCAACAAGCAGACCUGUCUAACUGGCCAAUCAACAAGCAGAGCUGUCUAACUGGCCAAGCAGGACUGUCUAAUUGUGGCCCAUCAACAAGCAGACAUGUAACUGGCCAAUCAACAAGCAGACCUGUCUAACUGGCCAAUCAACAAGUAGAACUGUCUAAUUGUGGCCCAUCAACAAGCAGACCUGUCUAACUGACCAAUCAACAAGAAGAGCUGUCUAACUGGCCAAUCAACAAGCAGGACUGUCUAACUGGCCAAUCAACAAGCAGGACUGUCUAACUGGUGAUCAACAAGCAGACCUGUCUAACUGGCCAAUCAACAAGCAGAGCUGUCUAACUGGCUAAUCAACAAGCAGGACUGUCUAACUGGCUAAUCAACAAGCAGGACUGUCUAACUGGCCAAUCAACAAGCAGGACUGUCUAACUGGCCAAUCAACAAGCAGGACUGUCUAACUGGUGAUCAACAAGCAGACCUGUCUAACUGGCUAAUCAACAAGCAGGACUGUCUAACUGACCAAUCAACAAGCAGACCUGUAACUGGCCAAUCAACAAGCAGAGCUGUCUAACUGGCCAAUCAACAAGCAGGACUGUCUAACUGGCCAAUCAACAAGCAGAACUGUCUAACUGGCCAAUCAACAAGAAGAGCUGUCUAACUGGCCAAUCAACAAGCAGGACUGUCUAAUUGUGGCCCAUCAACAAGCAGACAUGUAACUGGCCAAUCAACAAGCAGACCUGUCUAACUGGCCAAUCAACAAGCAGAACUGUCUAACUGGCCAAUCAACAAGAAGAGCUGUCUAACUGGCCAAUCAACAAGCAGGACUGUCUAAUUGUGGCCCAUCAACAAGCAGACCUGUAACUGGCCAAUCAACAAGCAGACCUGUCUAACUGGCCAAUCAACAAGCAGACCUGACUAACUGGCCAAUCAACAAGCAGACCUGUCUAACUGGCUAAUCAACAGGCAGAACUGUCUAACUGGCCAAUCAACAAGCAGACCUGACUAACUGGCCAAUCAACAAGCAGACCUGUCUAACUGGCUAAUCAACAGGCAGAACUUUCUAACUGGCCAAUCAACAAGCAGACCUGUCUAACUGGCUAAUCAACAGGCAGAACUUUCUAACUGGCCAAUCAACAAGCAGACCUGUCUAACUGGCUAAUCAACAGGCAGAACUGUCUAAUUGUGGCCAAUCAACAAGCAGACCAUUGAGCGAUCAGGGGACAACAUCAUACUAAGUGCUUACUAACUCUGGCCCUGUAGAACCUAGGAUCAGCCAUCCUGACAGGACUGUAGUGUUUACUAACUCUGACCCUGUAGAACUGACCUAGGAUCAGCCAACCUGACAGGACAGCACUGUAGUGUUUACUAACUCUGGCCCUGUAGAACUGACCUAGGAUCAGCCAUCCUGACAGGACAGCACUGUAGUGUUUACUAACUCUGGCCCUGUAGAACUGACCUAGGAUCAGCCAACCUGACAGCACUGUAGUGUUUACUAACUCUGGCCCUGUAGAACUGACCUAGGAUCAGCCAUCCUGACAGGACAGCACUGUAGUGUUUACUAACUCUGGCCCUUUAGAACUGACCUAGGAUCAGCCAACCUGACAGGACAGCACUGUAGUGUUUACUAACUCUGGCCCUGUAGAACUGACCUAGGAUCAGCCAUCCUGACAGGACAGCACUGUAGUGUUUACUAACUCUGGCCCUGUAGAACUGACCUAGGAUCAGCCAUCCUGACAGGACAGCACUGUAGUGUUUACUAACUCUGGCCCUGUAGAACUGACCUAGGAUCAGCCAACCUGACAGGACAGCACUGUAGUGUUUACUAACUCUGGCCCUGUAGAACUGACCUAGGAUCAGCCAUCCUGACAGGACAGCACUGUAGUGUUUACUAACUCUGGCCCUGUAGAACUGACCUAGGAUCAGCCAACCUGACAGGACAGCACUGUAGUGUUUACUAACUCUGGCCCUGUAGAACUGACCUAGGAUCAGCCAUCCUGACAGGACAGCACUGUAGUGUUUACUAACUCUGACCCUGUAGAUCUGACCUAGGAUCAGCCAACCUGACAGGACAGCACUGUAGUGUUUACUAACUCUGGCCCUGUAGAUCUGACCUAGGAUCAGCCAUCCUGACAGGACAGCACUGUAGUGUUUACUAACUCUGGCCCUGUAGAACUGACCUAGGAUCAGCCAUCCUGACAGCACUGUAGUGUUUACUAACUCUGGCCCUGUAGAACUGACCUAGGAUCAGCCAUCCUGACAGGACAGCACUGUAGUGUUUACUAACUCUGGCCCUGUAGAACUGACCUAGGAUCAGCCAACCUGACAGCACUGUAGUGUUUACUAACUCUGGCCCUGUAGAACUGACCUAGGAUCAGCCAUCCUGACAGGACAGCACUGUAGUGUUUACUAACUCUGACCCUGUAGAACUGACCUAGGAUCAGCCAUCCUGACAGGACAGCACUGUAGUGUUUACUAACUCUGGCCCUGUAGAACUGACCUAGGAUCAGCCAUCCUGACAGGACAGCACUGUAGUGUUUACUAACUCUGACCCUGUAGAACUGACCUAGGAUCAGCCAUCCUGCUUCAGGUUCUUCUACACUUCUGGGAAUGUUAUCAAUUUUAUUUUUUAAAACGACUGUUUUAAACAGACAACCAGUGGUUAUUUCUGAUUGUUUAUCAGAGUUAUGUGGCUUAGCUCAUUGAUCCUGCGUCUGUAUUGUACCCCUCGGGUGUGGACUGGAGAAGUUGUGUUACAAGAUGUGUGGUAUCAAAUACAUUUUACAGAUCGUGGCCUGGUCCUCCUCUUCCUCCUCCUCCUCCUCCUCCUCCUGUCUUUUUCUCUUCUCUCGUCGUUCCUCUUGGCCGCUGUAGCGGCUGUGAACGUACACAGGUGACACUUGUUUUGCACCGAUCCAGGAUCAGCGUGCCAUCCACCAAGCCUAACCUUGGCUGUUAGGGGGGGGGUGGGAAAAGGCAGGAAGUGAUCUUUUAGAUCGGUGCCUGUAGACUCUAAAGGCAGCUUCACGCUGCUCUGCUCUGACUCUGACUCUCUCAAAGAGGAGGGGGGGGUCUAUGUUUAUGUCGUCUCUGGUGUCUGCCAAUCAAUAAUACUGUAUCAGCUUGGUCCUGAUCAAUAACCCACCACAGACCAGCUGCUGGAAGUCGCCCCGCUGCUUCCCUGCUAGGCUCUACCCCCCACCCCCCUCCCUGGCUAACAACUCCCAGCGAGCAUUGGGCUGGACGGCGGAAAUGUCAAUCAAUCUCUAUGCUAUAACGGUUCAUAAGGGAUUAGAAUAGACUGGGUUUAUAAUGUAGUGUUGUUCCUCUGCUUUGUAUUAUAAUGUAUAUAUUAUAAUGUAUAUAUAAUGUAAUGGGGGGGGGGGUCUCACCCCAACCACCUGUACAUAGCAGUAACACCCACCUGGAGGGGACGACACCCAGGGCCCUUUACAGCAAUAGAAGGCUCUGAUGCCCCCCCCCCCCCCCCCCCCCCACGCACAGCAGCCAUUUUAAACCAUCCAGCAGUGCACAUCAGCUGACAGGUGAGGAGGACAUCGUACACCCCUCUUCAUCAUCAUCGUUAAGACGCACCAGCCUUCACAUCCUCAUCAUCGUCAUUAAGACAUCCCACCCCAGCACCAGCCUUCACAUCCUCUUCAUCAUCAUCAUCAUUAAGACAUCCCAGCACCAGCCUUCACAUCCUCUUCAUCAUCAUCAUUAAGACAUCCCAGCACCAGCCUUCACAUCCUCUUCAUCAUCAUCAUCAUUAAGACAUCCCAGCACCAGCCUUCACGUCCUCUCCAACCCUCCACAUCAGCUGACAGGUGAGGAGGACAUCGUACACCCCUCAUCGUCAUCAUCAUUAAGACAUCCCACCCCCAGCACCAGCCUUCACACCCUCAUCAUCAUCAUUAAGACAUCCCAGCACCAGCCUUCACGUCCUCUUCAUCAUCAUCAUUAAGACAUCCCAGCACCAGCCUUCAUGUCCUCUCCAACCCUUCUCUCCCCUUCACAGAGAAGGACCUGCACAGUGUGUUAUAAGGAGCUAUGAUGUGUUAUAAGGAGAAGCUUUGACUUGUUUUAAGAAGCUAUGAUAGGUUAUAAUACAUUACGUGUUUCAAGGAACUACGACGUGUUAGAAGGAGCUAUGAUGUGUUAUAACGUGUUAUAAGGAGCUAUGACGUGUUAUAAGGAGAGGCUUUGACGUGUUUUAAGAAGCUAUGAUAGGUUAUAACACAUGACGUGUAAUAAGGAGCUAUGACGUGUUAUAAGGAGCUUUGAUGUGUCAUAAGGAGCUAUGAUGUGUCAUAAGGAGCUUUGAUGUGUUAUAAGGAGCUUUGAUGUGUUAUAAGGAGCUAUGAUGUGUUAUAAGGAGCUUUGAUGUGUUAUAAGGAGCUUUGAUGUGUUAUAAGGAGCUAUGAUGUGUUAUAAGGAGCUUUGAUGUGUUAUAAGGAGCUAUGAUGUGUCAUAAGGAGCUAUGAUGUGUCAUAAGGAGCUUUGAUGUGUUAUAAGGAGCUAUGAUGUGUUAUAAGGAGCUAUGAUGUGUCAUAAGGAGCUUUGAUGUGUUAUAAGGAGCUAUGAUGUGUUAUAAGGAGCUUUGAUGUGUUAUAAGGAGCUUUGAUGUGUUAUAAGGAGCUAUGAUGUGUUAUAAGGAGCUUUGAUGUGUUAUAAGGAGCUAUGAUGUGUCAUAAGGAGCUAUGAUGUGUCAUAAGGAGCUUUGAUGUGUUAUAAGGAGCUUUGAUGUGUUAUAAGGAGCUAUGAUGUGUCAUAAGGAGCUUUGAUGUGUUAUAAGGAGCUUUGAUGUGUUAUAAGGAGCUUUGAUGUGUUAUAAGGAGCUUUGAUGUGUUAUAAGGAGCUAUGAUGUGUUAUAAGGAGCUUUGAUGUGUUAUAAGGAGCUAUGAUGUGUUAUAAGGAGCUUUGAUGUGUUAUUUUUUAUUUAUUUUUAUUUAUUUUACCGUUAUUUUACCAGGUAAGUUGACUGAGAACACGUUCUCAUUUGCAGCAACGACCUGGGGAAUAGUUACAGGGGAGAGGAGGGGGAUGAAUGAGCCAAUUGUAAACUGGGGAUUAUUAGGUGACCAUGAUGGUUUGAGGACCAGAUUGGGAAUUUAGCCAGGACACCGGGGUUAACACCCCUACUCUUACGAUAAGUGCCAUGGGAUCUUUAAUGACCUCAGAGAGUCAGGACACCCGUUUAACGUCCCAUCCGAAAGACGGCACCCUACACAGGGCAGUGUAUAAGGAGCUUUGAUGUGUUAUAAGGAGCUUUGAUGUGUUAUAAGGAGCUAUAACGUGUUAUAAGGCGCUUUGACAUGUUAUAAGGAGCUAUAACGUGUUAUAAGGAGCUAUAACGUGUUAUAAGGAGCUUUGAUGCGUUAUAAGGAGCUAUAACGUGUUAUAAGGAGCUUUGAUGUGUUAUAAGGAGCUAUAACGUGUUAUAAGGAGCUUUGAUGUGUUAUAAGGAGCUAUAACGUGUUAUAAGGAGCUUUGAUGUGUUAUAAGGAGCUAUAACGUGUUAUAAGGAGCUACGCCAUGUUAUAAGUAGCUACGACGUGUUAUAAGGAGCUAUGAUGUGUUAUGAGAGGCUUUGACGUGUUUUAAGAAGCUAUGAUAGGUUAUAACGUGUUUUAAGGAGCUAUGCCGUGCUAUAAGAAGCUAUAAGCGUUCAGACAGUGGUUCAUACUCCAAUGCAUAUUUAAUAAACCAUCGAUGAGUGGAUGAA